GUCUAUUGGUGCAUGAUUUUGUUACAUUUAUGUCAAAUAUUUACCAUCAAUAAAACUGUCAUCUAUAAAACCACAGAUAACCGAACAUGCAUCUAAACCCUAUGAAUGGUCAGAAUGUUGAUAAUUACACGACAUUGUGUAGACCUUGGUUUGGAAUUCCAAUGUAAGUAGUAACACCUGUACAAAAACCACAGAAAACACAGAACAUGGUCAGAACACGAUGAUCCACUGUCUUCUGACUUCUAAUGGAAGGGUAUUGUGGGCGCUACUGGCCUUAUACAGCGUUAUACCUGGAGUUAUUACAGUUUAUUUUAGCUGCCCGAGAAGUUGGGUGAGAUUUGGCGACAAGUGCUACUUCUUCAGCAACAAUCAAGCUUCCUGGGCAUCUUCAUCGUAUGUGUGUGCCGAGUUGGGAGGGACUCUGGCCCAUCUAGAGACGAAGGCAGAAAGUGAUUUCCUGGAGGGGAUUGUGUACAAUGAAGCCUACAUCGGGUGCCUCAAUGACGGACCCACUAGGCUCUUUGAUGGAGAUUUUCACUACAGUAAAGUAAUGACCAAUAAAUUGUGCAUACAAAAAUGCAGACAACAAUACUUCAAGUUUGCAGGAACACAGUAUUUUGGACAGUGUUUCUGUGGUAACACGACGUGGGACAAUUUUCGAAAUCAUGGCCAGUCCCCAGAGGAGGAAUGUAAACUGCCUUGUUAUGGAAACAAAAGGGAGAGCUGCGGAGGACAUUGGAAAUUAUCCGUAUAUUUAACAGGUGGCCGGAAGCACUGGGUAGGGGGAACAGAUAUGUUGGAGGAGGGGAGGUGGAUUUGGUUUCCAGGUAACACACCUUUGACGUACACUGACUGGCUCUCAGGUGAACCCGACAACCAGCUUCACUCUUCCUUAGAGAAAGAGCAUUGUAUAUCCUUGUCUCCAGGUGUGUACGGAUCGUACAAAUGGAGCGACGAAAUCUGCAGCAAACACUUGUUUUUUAUUUGUGAAAGAAGUGCAAUAAAGACACGCCAUCGUUGACAUUAUAUUUUGCUUUGUAAAAAUAAGGAACUUUGACUCAUAAAUAUUUGAUUGUCUCGUUACUCAUGAGCGUUUAAGAUCAGAUAGAUAAAUUUAAACCUCGGCAUAGUUAAGAACAAAACAAUGAUUAUUGAGGUAAUGUACUGAAUAUGCUGAAUAAUGAAAAUCAACUGUGUUUGUAAUGGGUAGAGAAUUUCAUCACAGUUAUUGCGACUUGACUCUUGACAACAAAAUUGUGCAAUAAAUUCUGAAUAAUGA